AUGACCUCCCCACUUCGAACGACCACAGGGUUGCGGAAAGCAGCUGAGUCCUGCGCAUCGCUCCGCAGCUCUACCACUAUAACCGCUCGACGUAUACUCCUACACACAUCAUCCAGAGCUCCCGCCUCCUAUCGCCGCUUCAACAACGACAAGCAACCCUCCUUAUCUUGGCCCACACCACAACCCCAAUCUAGAAAACAACUCUCUCCAGACGUACUCCGCAAACAGCUCGAAGACCAACUCUUCCACCGAAUCGGUCAACCGCAACAACGCUCCCAAUUACCUAUCCAAUAUCAGCGCUUCGGAGGUGGCGGCUCUGGUCGAGGCGGUCGAGGAGGAUGGCUUUCGUCCCGACCCCCAACACUCAUCAUUGUCGCUUUGGGUGGAGCAGGCGCAUACUACGUCUUCCAUCUUGAAAAAGUCCCGGAAACAGGUCGAUGGAGAUUCAUAGACAUUUCCCCCGCCCAAGAGCAUCAGAUGGGACAAGAAACUUUCCGACAAACUCUGGCCGAAUAUCAAAAUCGGAUCCUACCCGCCAACCAUUCCCACUCCAAACAAGUGCGGGCUGUAGCAAGCCGGAUCGUUGCAGCACUGGAUAAUGCGGUGGAUGGAAGUAAUCAACCUCAUCAUACGAGAGGCGAUGCUGGGUUGACGCAACAUUCGCAUGGUGAAGAGGGAGGGAUCACUUAUGGUUCCAAUGCGUCUCUUGGUGGUGUGGGUGGAGCGCAGGGCGGGGCUUGGCUUGGGAACCAAACCGCGCAACCGGCACAGAAACAAGGAACGAAAUGGGAAGUGUUUGUGAUUGACGAUCCGAAGCAGAAGAAUGCAUUUGUUCUUCCAGGUGGGAAAAUUUUCGUGUUUACCGGUAUCUUACCGAUUUGUGCCAACGCAGAUGGGCUGGCUACAGUGUUGGGCCAUGAAGUUGCGCAUCAGGUUGCUCGGCAUUCUGCUGAGAAGAUGUCCGGGUAUAAGGUUUUGCUCUUCGGCACAUUCUUGCUGGAAGCGUUCGGGGCGGAUAUCGGGUUGAGCAGAGCAGCGUUGACGUUAUUGCUAAGUUUGCCGAAUUCGAGAAAGACGGAGUUGGAAGCGGACUAUUUGGGAUUAAGGAUCAUGAGCAAGGCUUGUUUCGAUCCGAGAGAAGCAAGUAGGUUGUGGACUAGAAUGAGUGAAAGUGAAGGAGGGAAGGCGGGAGGAGGGGUUUUAGAUAGUGCUCAAGCGAUAUUGUCGACUCAUCCGGUGAGCAGUCAGAGGAUUCAGAAUAUGGAAAAGUGGCUACCGGAGGCGUUGGAGACCAGGCAAGCGUCCGACUGUCCAGCUGCGGAGACUGUUUCUGGGUUUAGAAAUGCGGCGGGGGCUGCUAGACAGACUCUCUCUCCAUUCUAA